UCCUCUCGUCCACCUUCCUCUCUCCUGCUCCUGCAGAUGGGUAAAUCCGAUCGACAAAGAAGCCGCAAGAUACAUGCAUGGCUCCGAGACGGCGAAAAAGGACCGGCGACGGCGGGUACGCGGGCGGCGUGGGGUCCCGCCGAUCUCCCUCCCACCUUCCUUGACCAAGCGAGUGCGCUUCGGCAGCUAAAGGCGCCGGGGGAUUAGACUGGUUCACCAUUAGUUUAGUGUCCAUGUCAAAAAGGCCAGCGCCUUUUCACUAGCUUCUCUUCUGGAAAUCCAUUUGUUUAUCCAGUAGCAGCCUAAUUAGCAGACGCCACAUGUUUGGCUAAGCGCCGUGCUGAUUGAAAUGGUGCCGUCAACGUUGCCAACAUGUUCUUGUCUGCAUCUACUUAAUUAUUUCACGGGUUAGUUAGCACUUCCGUUAAAUUCCGGUGGUGGAUCCACCGUUUGGCUCUUCUUUUGGAUUUUGAUCCCACUGAUUGGCUCUUCCUGUCUUGGGCUCUUGGUCUUGCCUUCAGCUGGUGUACCCUAUCCCUGCGUAUGAUCACUUCACUGAUCAAUAUAGUUACUUCAGUACCCCAUGUUGCUCUUACAUCUCUUGUAGCUAGCUGGAAAAGCGAGCUUGCAUUAUGGACGACUCUUCAACUAGGAGCCAUGUUUCUGAGGGGAAUCGGCUGGGCUAUGUAAGAAGUGAAUCCAUGGAUUCCGCUGGCCAUCCUUCGGCUGCUAGGUCAGGCUCACUGCUAAGCAGGAGAAGUAGCAGGCCCAGUUCAAGGGGAUCCAUUAGCCUCUCUCGCGAGAUGGGCGACUCGAUCCUCAACUCAAUGAGGCAUUCCCUUCAGUCAGCAGACCAGUUGCUAGGUGAUGCUGAUGGCUCGGCUUUGGCUCAGGUCAUUGACAGUGGUGACCGAGUGCUAGCCUUGGAAGAUGAGGAUGAUGAAGAUACGGCAAAUACAUUGGAUCAACAUAAGUUCGGUCCUGUCCGAGAUAAUCGAAUCCAUGGCUACAGCUCACAUGGCACAGGUCUGCCAGCACCUGAGUCUUCUGUGGAGCCAAAGGGCGAGAGCUCAUCAGGCAAGGUUGAAGAAUAUAUGCUUUCUCGGAGGCUAGAUUACGCUUCUUACCUGAUCCAUUUAGCUGCCUUUGGGUUAUUUGGGGUAUUUACAAGGUAUGGGCUCCAAAAGCUGUUCGGCCCAGGCUGCCUGGCACUCACCUCCAACCAAAGCCCGUUGUACCUUGAUCUUCCAUCAAACAUGCUAGGAUCCUUCCUGAUGGCCUGGUUUGGGAUCAUCUUUAAGACUGACAUUCGGCACAUAUCUGAACAUCUCAUUGUUGGAAUCACAACCGGAUACAUGGGAAGCCUUACUACCUUCAGUGGGUGGAAUCAAGCGAUGGUUAGCAUGUCUUCCAAAGACCAUUGGGCAUAUGCCAUAGCUGGCAUAGUAUUAGGAAUGUUCAUCGUCAAUGAGUCCAUCAGGGUGGGCGCCGAAACAGGUGAGCGCCUACGAAGCUGGAUCCUGAAAUGCAUCAAGGAAAAUAGUUCAAUAGGAAGCAAAUGUAACUGGGAGCACCUGAAAGUCAACACUAGGACUAAACAUUUUGUGCUUAUAGCAGUUAUGAUGAUUUUGCUUUCUUUUGUGUGGGUUCUGAGCAUCGUGUUGGCCAUAAUAAAGGUGCGCAAUCUUGAUGAUGGCGCUGUACUAUGGUUGGGGUGCUCGGUUGCGCCUCCGGGCGUUUGGUUACGCUGGUACUUGGCAAGGCUCAAUGGCCAGGGAAUCGGCAAACAGAGAUCCCUCAAAUGGCUGCCCAUCGGGACACUUCUAGCCAAUGUUCUUGCUGCGGGUAUCAUGGCAUCACUGGCCGUGACUGCCAAAGCGGUGAAUACAAAGCGUUCGACAACUGUUCUUAAUGGCAUACAGUUUGGUUUCCUCGGCUGCUUGAGCACAGUGUCUACUUUUGCUGCUGAAAUCUACGCUAUGCGAAGCAGCAGACAGAUUGGUAGGGCCUUUGUCUAUGCUGCAGCGACCUUCGUGCUCUCUUUCGUGCUGGGAACUCUGGUAUACUCUGUGCCAGUAUGGGUCAAGCAUUACCAAUAGCUUCAUGAAGUAUUACAGACUUGAAGGCUUUGGCGUCAUUUUGCUGGUUGCAACAUCCAAGUAGAUAGCGCAAUUCUCAGCAUACAUAGUUAGGCUUUUCUAGGGAAUUUUGUCUGCUUUUUAAGAUAUUUGAUGUACGUUGUUGAACAUGAUGGCGUUCUGCAGCAGAAACAUGUUUGUACACAACAUCUGCCGUCAUAAUCCUGUGGACAAGAACAUCCAUAUUUAUGGAGUAUGUAUAUGAAAUAUUACAAUUUAUA